AAAUAAAAAUUAAAAAUAAAAUUAUACGCAGAGACUACUUCGCAGAACCUUCGUCUUCCUCCCUGUCGCCGGCCUCUUCACGUUUCAGGGACAGGGACGGACUUUUCUAUGUAUAAUAUCUACAUAUAUAUGUUAUAUAUAUAUACAAAUAGUGCCUUCUUUUCUGUUUCCUUUUUCUCAUAAUUUCGAUUAUAAUUUCUGUAAUUUACUGAGUUUUCCCAUUCAAAUCCGUGUAUUCAAUUGGCUGAUUCAUUAUUUUCAAGUGACAAAGUAUUGAGAUGGGAUCUAUAGGGGAAAAGGUAGACCUUGAAUCUGAUGAAGAGAUCCCUUUUAGUUCAUCUCAUAAUGCUACAAACAAGGCAGAAACUCUACAUUUUGAGGCAGCUGCUCAUAUGGCUUCACCUAGAAGUUUCUACUCAUCUUCGAGAGUUUUAAGGAAGAUGGAUCAGAUCAGCUUUAUGAGGAGUAUUUACAUUGUUAUACUUAAAGCAAAGAUCAAUAUUUUGCUUCCUUUUGGACCUCUGGCUAUACUGCUACACUAUGUUACAAAAAAACAUGAAUGGGUCUUUUUCUUCAGUUUAGUGGGGAUUACACCCUUAGCUGAGCGUUUGGGCUAUGCAACUGAGCAGCUUGCAUUUUUUACUGGGCCUACAGUUGGGGGACUUCUGAAUGCUACAUUUGGCAAUGCGACUGAAAUGAUAAUCUCAUUAUAUGCAUUGAAUAAUGGAAUGAUGAGGGUUGUUAAACAAUCCCUGCUGGGUUCUAUUUUGUCAAAUAUGCUCUUGGUGCUUGGAUGUGCCUUCUUCUGUGGCGGGAUUGUUCAUCAUCAGAAAGUCCAGGUUUUUAGUAAGGCAACUGCUAUCGUGAAUUCAGGAUUGUUAUUGAUGGCAGUCAUGGGCAUAUUGUUUCCGGCUGUACUUCAUUUCACCCACACAGAAGUGCAUUUUGGGAAGUCAGAGCUGGCUCUUUCAAGGUUUAGCAGUUGCAUAAUGCUGAUAGCAUAUGCAAGUUACCUAUUUUUUCAGCUCAAGAGUCAACAAAAUCUAUAUAGUCCUAUCAAUGAGGAUAGAGAAAAUAAUGCCGAGGAUUCUGAUGAAGAAGAGGCCCCUGAGAUAACACAAUGGGAAGCUAUAGGGUGGCUUGCUAUUUUGACAGUAUGGAUAUCUGUGCUAUCUGGGUAUCUUGUUGAUGCCAUCCAGGGAGCAUCUGACUCAAUGAACAUGCCUGUGUCUUUUAUUAGUGUCAUCCUGCUUCCAAUUGUUGGAAAUGCUGCAGAACAUGCAAGUGCAAUCAUGUUUGCAAUGAAAGAUAAGCUUGAUAUUACACUUGGAGUUGCAAUUGGGUCAUCAACUCAGAUAUCAAUGUUUGUGAUUCCAUUUUGUGUUGUUGUUGGUUGGUUCAUGGGAAAACCAAUGGACUUGAACUUCCAAUUGUUUGAGACUGCUACACUCUUUAUCACAGUGCUAGUCGUGGCGUUUAUGCUACAGGAAGGAACAUCAAACUAUUUUAAGGGGUUGAUGCUUAUUCUAUGCUAUCUCAUUGUUGCAGCCAGUUUUUUUGUACAUGUUGAUCCAUCAAAAGAAGGGGAAUAAGUAUGCUCUGAGCGGUGAUACUCAUGCCUCAGCAAAUGAACUCUUUGACUUCUGGCGAUGAAUCAAAAGCGAUGAGCCUAACAAGCUGCACUCUGCCCAAGUGUUGACUAAAUCUAGAGUGCAGGUUGUGGUGGUGAAGUGGUAGAUGGGUUCUUUUACAAUGGAAAACUCGAUGGUUGGGGUGAACUGUUGGCUUCUUCGUCGACGUUUAUCCAUGUUGUAUCAUUUUCUUUAGCAAACAAACAGUUUCUGUUUCUGUAUAUCCAAGCUGAUUUUAUAUUCUUCCACUUGGAGAAAGUUUUUGGAAGAGUGGGCGCUGUAGAACAAUUUUUCUUCCACAUGUAAGAUUUAGGAGAUACAAAUGUUGUACCUUAUUCAUAUAUAUCCAUAGUGAUCCCCAGAUUGGGGUUGAGAUGUAAUUGUUGUAAUGGAUACUUAGAAAAAGUUCUUACACAACAUUAAUGUAUUGUAGCAAGGCAUGCUUGUUACUGGAUUAUUCAGUCUUUUGCAUA